AUGAUUAUACUCAUAAUUUUUCAACUUCUCUAUUCUGGAUAAAACACCAAAGUCAGUUAACCAAAUAUUACUCUUUAUUCAGAAGUAAUUCCACCUUCGAACUAUUCAAAUAAAUUAAGAUAAACAAAACAAUUUGGCUAUAGCAAGUAAUUUCCAUAUUAACUUUAGUUAUCCUGGAGUAUUUGCUAUUUCAUUAAAAGAAAUCUUUGAGAAUAAUACAGAGCAAUCGGCUGAUUUGAAUGAUUUAGAAAUAGAAGAAAAAUAGUUUGGUACAUAUUCAGGAUGCUAUUCUAUAUAAAGAAAGAUUGAAAUUGAAUUCAAUUUGUAAUUACAAUUAGAAUAAAUAAUCACUCAGCCUUGGAUGCAUUUUACGGAUCUUGCCACAGCAGACAAUAAAUUUAAAGCAUAUUUAGUAUAAAUCAUUUUAAUUUUAGGUUAGGAAUGAUUAUUCGAUAUUUUAGGUUGAUAUAUCCACAGGAUUAGGGUAAAUUGAAUUAAACUCAAAAAAUCAAUCAUUUAAAGAUUAUAUAAAUAUCUCAAAUAUAGUUGAUUAAUUUUAUGUGCCACAUCCUUAUUUAAUAGAUGAUGAGGGUUCAAAUAAAAUUUAUGCAAUUACAGAAUUCGGAGGUGUUAGUUUUUCAACAGAUGAAAAUAUAGGAGAUGUUUAGAUGGAAUCUGAAGAAAUGCAAUAAAGAAAACAAAUAUAUAAUGUUCAUAAAAAUUCAAGAGCAUAAUUAAUUGUUGUUGCUUGUGGAAGCGAAGGCAUCGAUUUAUAUGAAAUUUAGAGCAAAGGUAAACUUAAACAUAAAAAAUAAUUAUUACCCGAGUAACUUGGUAUUGAAGAUGGUAUUAUUAUUGAUGUUGAUUCAAAUGAUGAUGAGACUAAGCUUUAUCUAUUAGAUUCAGAAUCUGGACUUUAUAUAUAUGAUAUUUCAGAUCUCAAUAAUAUUACCUAAAUAAUGAGUGUGCUUCUACCUAAUACAAAAACCUUUGAUCAUUAUUUAAACACCUUUUUUUUAGUUGCAAAAACAAAUACAUAGUUAUAUUAUGCUGUUGAAAUAUUUAUUGACUAUGAGAUUAAGUCUUAUUAUUAUAACAAUCUUUAUAUUGAUGAAAUGAUUAUUAAUGAUGUUAAUGUCUUUGAACACUAUGCUGUUCUUAUAGGAGAUGAUGGCCAUAAAAUUAUUUAUCAUUCCAUUUAUAAUCAAUUCAUCAAUCAAGCUAUUAAACAACAUACUUACUUUUAAGAAGAUAACCUUAUUAAAAUAAAAGAAUAUGAUUUUUCUAAAUUUUACAAUUCAUCUAGCAGAAUUCUCAUAGGCUUAGCUAAACAUGCAUUUAAAUAUAUUGAAAUUUCUUUUUAAGAUCCAAAAAUUACUUGCUUAUCAGAUUAAGUUGCUAACAAAUCCUAUAUUGCAACUCUAAAUUCAACUUAAUGUUCAAAUAAAAAAGAACAUAAUGAUAGUUCUCCAUAUUCUCUCUGUUAAUUGACUCAUUCAUUUGUAUAUUAAUCAGAAUUUGUAAUAUUUUUUAUAUAUUAAUAUAGAAACCUGGAAAUAAAUCUACAUAUGCAUAAUAUACUCUGACACUUUAUGCACUUGUUGUUGGUCUAAUUUGGUUAAUAAUUGUCAUUUGUUAUUUAUAUAAAAAAUGGGGAUAUAAAUUAGAAUUUUUGAAGUGGAGAAAACAAAAGUUAAUUGUUACUUAACCAUUUAAUUAAGAUUUAGAAUUACAAAACUAAAAUAAUUGA